CAUCCUUUUAAAAAGUAGCUUCAACCUAGGGGAGAACCAGGAAGUAACUCUGUCGUUUGUUUAGAUUAUUUGCUAGCUUGGUUUUGGCAACUCCAGGAGUUACGUUUUUGCUUGUUUUAGAAAGUGAAAGUGUAGCUAGAUAAAGUAAUUCAAAAUAGCAUCAUAACAUGAAUAACACAGAGAGAGGAAUCAUGCGCUCAAUGCUUGUUGUUCUGGCCGUUGCCUGUGUCCUCGUGAGCCGAGCAGAAUGUCACACUAGUACUACGCCAACGCCAUUGAAUUCUUGCAAAGCCUUCUCAACUUGUGACUCAUGCAUUCAAAACACAAAGUGCCUGUGGUGCAUGACCAACGACACGUGCACAGACUACCCAGUGAGCUACAUUCUGCCUCCACCUGCAGUGUGUAAACUGUCACAGGCACGAUGGGGAGUGUGUUGGGUGAACUUCGAGGCCCUGAUCAUCGCCAUGGCAGUGUUAGGCGGGACUAUCAUCAUCAGCAUCACAGUCUGUUGCUGCUGCUGCUGUUGCUGCAAGAAACGUCAAUCAAGGCCAGACAGAGAUGAGGAGAGGUUUGCCAGGAGGAAAGAGGAGAUCAGACAGCGUGCUGAUGAACGGAAGGUGGAGAGGAAGGUGAGGCAUGAUGACAUCCGCAAGAAGUAUGGUCUUGUCCCUGACUCUGACCACCCAUACAGCAAGUUUGAAAAUGAGUAAAGCAGAAACCUUUGUGAGAGUGAAGAGAAGUUGUUCAGAUGGCCCGGCUCUACUCUGCUCCAUCCUGUUUGGACUGACUAUCAAUCAUCCUGUCCUGCUGACUGUUUUAGCUUAGAGAGCAGAGACAGCCUACUCUGAGAGACACACAAACACCUAUAUAUCAAGACUGAUUUAUCAUCAUGAUUCAUCUAAAUCAAACCUUUUGCCUAUAAUUAUUAAAUGCAGUUUUUAUUAAUUCAUUUUAGGUUUUGAAUGAAAAUGAUUUACAGUUUGAGAAAAUGUUAAGUUUGUCACACGAUUAAGAAGUUUGAGGAAGUCUGUAAUAUUUACUUUGCUGUUGGAGACAUGGCACUGAGUGGAGCUUCUCAACUUUCUGCACAUUCUUUGUAUUUUUGAAAUCUGAUUUAAAGAGCCUUUGUUUUAAAUUACUGUAAUAUCUGUGAGUACGUUUGCGCUUUGUAUAUAUUUCAUAAACCAAGAACAUAAUCUGCUAAAUCGGAUACAUUUCCUAAUAAAAUUUUACUUUUAAUGUAAAAUGUACAAUUUUAAAGACUUAACAACAAGCCUAAGAUCACCAUGCGCAAUGCCAAGCGUCGUCUGGAGUGGUGCAACAGCUUCACCGCCAUUUGACUCUAAAGCAGUGGAAACGCAUUCUCUGGAGUGAGGAAUCACUCACAAUCUGGCAGUCUGACAGAUGAAUCUGGGUUUGGGGGAUGCCAGGUGCAUGCUUUCUACCUGAAUGCUUAGUGACAAUUUUACAUUUUGGUGGAGGAGGAAUAAUGGUCUGGGGCUGUUUUUCCUUGUUUAUUCUAGGCCCCUUGGUUUCAGUGAAGGGACAUCUUAAUGCUACAGCAUACAAUGACAUUCUAGACAAUUCUGUGCUUCCAACUUUGUGGCAACAGUUUGGGGGAAAGCCCUGUCUUGUAAGAGCAUGAUUAAUGCCCCCGUGCACAAAGUGAGGUCCAUACAGAAAUGGUUCAUCAAGAUUGGUGUGAAAGAACUUGAUUGGCUUGCACAAAGCCCAUCAAACACCUUUGGGGUGAAUUGGAAUGCUGACUGCGAGCCAGGCCUAAUCGCCCAACAUCAGCACCCGACCUCACAAAUGCUCUUGUGGCUGAAUGGAAGCAAGUCCCUGCAGAAAUGUUCCAACAUCUAGUGGAAAGCCUUCCCAGCAGCAACUCUGUAUUAAUGCCCAUGAUUUUGGAAUUAGAUGUUUGACGCACAGGUGUCCCAGCCUCUCCACCCCUUCUUAUUCAUAACCACACCCCAAUCUACCAGAUGUCUGGAUGGGGUUGCCAGUCCUUAUAACCUCAUGUUAGCCAAUUUACUGCCCUCUAUAGCCAUUUGGCAUCUUAAUGGCAGCGCUGCUAUAGAAAGUUUGGUCAUUAAAGGGAUACUUCGGGAUUUAGGCAAUGAUGCCCUAUAUCUACUUCCACUGAGUCAGAUGAACUCGUAGAUACCAUUUUUAUGUCUGUGUCCGGUAUGAAGGAAGUUGGAGGUAGUUUCACAAGCAUGCUAGCAGAUACCCAUAGACUUCCAGUCAUUGCGCUAAUGCUACAAUGAACAAAAAUAAAAACUUUACAUGUAAAA